AUGGGGACUGCAGCAGCAGCAGCAGCAGCAGCAGCAGCAGCAGCAGCAGCAGCUCCUGCUUCGGGGCGGCUGCUGCUGCAGCUAGCGCUAGUUGCUGCCUUCUUAGCAGCUUAUUGCGUCCAGCCCCUUUUGGUGGAUAUCAUGAAGUUCAACGGAGGCGCCAAUACUGUGGCUAGCUGCAGCCUGUGGCUGUUCAUUUCGGGGUGGGUCCACUCGGGGACUCUUUGGUAUUUAAUGUCCAGCUUCGGCGCCGUCUCCACUGGCAUUCUCAAGGUUGCCUCAACUCGGGAAGCAACGCCAGCCUCUCUGACGGAGUUUGUAAUGCAUGCAGAGGAGGGGAAGCUCGAAAGCCCCAAACGCCGGCUGCUGUCUUGA